AUGGGCGGUAGCGUGCGCGAGCGAAGAAGAGUGAGAUUCUUGUUGGAUGAUCUGUACAGAAACCCGGGGCCGCUUCAGUUUGACGGUCCAGGGCCAGAUGCCAAAGCUGUGACUUCGUGCGUUGAAGACCAAGAUUACAUGGGCAGAAUGCAGGAAUACUUGGAAAAGGUUCGUACCAUAGUGAAACCAGGUUGUUCGCCUGAAGUUCUCAAGGCUGCUUUGAGUGUAAUGGCUUCAGUGACAGAGGUUCUUACCACCAUGUCAUAA